UUUUGAGAGAGGGGUGGUUGUUGACGCGGUUUCAAAUUAGGCGCUGUUCUCUUUUCACAUUUAUUAGAGAUUUUGGAUAAGAUUUUUUUUUUUACUUAAACACACUAUUGAAAAAAGUUGUUAUAUAAGCUUAACCAGACGUGAAGUAGUAUCAGAAUAAAACGCCACUUCGAGUUUCACACCCUAUCUGUACUGCACACAAAUAUUUGCCGCCAUUUUUCUGGAGGCAGAAGCUCUACUAACAGGUCUUGCGUUCUUACAUUAUCAUCAGACAACCUUUUGAUACAGUUUAACUUUUUAAGUCAGUCCUUGAAAUGACUACUAAAAAGAAACGCUCUGCGCACACUGACAACGACAGCUGGGUUGUCAUUGCUCCAGAUUCAGCACUGGACACAGGCAGGUCUGAAGAGGGUGAUCCGUCCUUCAUCAAACUAAAGAAUCCUGCUACAGGCAGUUCUUCACUGUACCUGUUUGGCUGUGGUGAUGUCUGUGUUUAUGAAGUAAAAGCCUUUUCUGAAGACUUUCGGUCUUGGUUCAUUGGACAGACAGUGCAAAGAGAUGGUAGACUGCUGUAUGUGACUCCCAUUGAUCCUUUAUUUUUGCUGUUGCCAUACAUUAGCAGUACUGCCACUGAGGGAAAGUUCCAGCCGGCAAAGCAGAUGAUUAUGGAUGAGGAUUACCCUGGAUGCACAAGACUUCUGCAUUGCAAACAGGGACUGGAUUCCCUUCAUCAUGUGGCUGAUGAGAAAGAGGUAGACUGUUUAAAGUUUCACAGAUAUAACCAGGAGAAGACCUUGGAGUGGCUCAAGAAAAAGGUCCAACGCACAGUAUUAACACUCAAAAAGAGCAACAUAUCUGUGGGUGGAGGAGUUAAAUCCAGCAUGUUCGUCAGAGUGAAACAUGAAGAUGCUACUGAAGAGGACUACUUACGUUAUGCACAUGGUCUCAUAUCAGAGUACAUCAGUGAAGACCUGAGCAAAGCUCUCCUCAAGCAUCUGCAGUUGCCAGAGAUAUCCAGCCCUAAAGAGACAGAGCCGCCUUCUAAGAAACGGAAACUGUCAGAUAAACCAGUAGAGGCUGGGGAAGACUACACCAAGUUCAACAGUGCUGAUUUUGCACGAAAACCACCAAAGAAGAUGACUGCAGCUCAGAAGAGUCUUGCCAAAGUAGACAAAACUGGCAUGAAGAGCUUGUCAGCAUUCUUCAGCCCCAAAGUCAAACAAGAGAAGAACUGAGUGAGUGUUUGUGUGA